GGCGUGUCGACAAGCUGCGGGGAUGCAGCCUGACGACACCCUCGCGAUCGUCGUGCAAGGGGAUGGAACAAUCUGGAUCGAGGUGACGCGCGCGAUGCACGGCAGAAAGUGAUAAGGAAAGCAGGCCGCUACGCAGCUCCGCAAAGUGCAGUUCGAGCAUUAAAGAGGUGUCGGUAAAUAUGGAGUUUGACGUACAGAGAAGUGUGUUAACACCGGGGGACGCUGAUUACCAAACAGUUUCCAACUUGUUUUUGAGAAAAGAAAAGGGCCAUUUCCCUCCCUUAGAAAUACAGUCUAUUGAGGCGGUUCAAAAUUAUAGCCUUCAACAAAGAUUCAAAGAAAAGAAGGAUGAGUAUGAGAGGGCUUAUGGACGAGUGGAUGUGAUUAAGUUAUGGCACGGUACCAAAUCAAGUAGGGUCUCUUCAAUUUUGCAAAACAAUUUUGAUGUCUCCCGUUACUGUGGCCACAGAUAUGGAGCAGGAGUCUCAUUCACGGCCUCCCCCAAGUACGCGUCACACUACUGCGACAAAGGGACCAUUGGCUGCAUUCUACUGUGCGACGUGCUGGUCUCCAACAUAGUGGAGGUGCCUGAAAAUAUAGGAAAGGACUACGUUCUGGAGAAGCCGCCGUUUAUCCCCGGCGUCUAUCCACCGCUGCGCUAUGAUACUACAGCCAAAAACAAGAAAACCAUGAACGUAAUUGUGAAGUUCGAGUCCAAUUCCUACUGUCCCACCCAUGUAGUAAAUUUCAAGAGGACGCGUCACGCACGCUGUAACGUAGGAGGAUCACGAAAGAACACUGUAAAACCAAAGGUGCGGUAUCCUACCUACCCAUAUCCAGUCGAGCUCAAUAACCCGUUUUUGGAUAAUUAAAGCGCAUAUUUUUGGUUA